CCUUAAAAAGAGGCCGAAUUGGCUCCCGGCUUUAAUCCCGGGGAUGGGUGGCGCUUUCUAAGUAGGCGGGUUGCUUAAAACACGCCGCGGCUCACCCAGCGGUUCUUCGAUGGCGGAGGAUGCUUUGUGUGGGUGGCUGCAGUAAUAUGGCUUGUAACCUCAGGUGCUGAUUCACUGAUGCUCUUAAUUUGUUCCGCGAGCAGUCUGUGUGUUUCCAUAUUCGCCUGACUGGAGUCUCUAUGCCCUAGUAACAUCAGGAUGAAUUGCCUGUAUCCGCAGCUGAUGCGCCACAUGGACCAGCUCUUGAGCCUCAUAGAGUUCAACAGGAGCAUCGAACUAGACUGCCUCCAGAUUGCCAAAUGUCUCGAGGGGAUGCGCCAGCGAUGCUGCCGCCUGGAUUGCGACUUGCAGGGAACAAGGGAGAAGCUGCGCCAGUCGGAGUACGAAUGUUCAGUCCUGGAAGUGAAGUUGAAACACGCCCGCAACCAAGUGGAGGUGGAGAUGAAGAAAAGGCACCGGGCAGAAGCUGAGCUGGAAAAGCAGGAGCGCAAGCUGCAGCUUAUCUAUGACUACCUGAUGGCUGAUUCACAAAUCAGUCCUUUCAAUGAGGACCAGCGCUCAGCCCUGGCGGCUUUAGAAAGGCCACGUUUCAGCCACAGCACCCUGCUGCCUGGCAAGUGUAGGCCGUCUGCAGUGGAAGGACUUGGGGCCUCAAUCAUAUCUGACAUCAGCUUUGAUCACUCGGAUGACGAAGUGGAUUUGGAAGUGAUAAAAUCCCUCAAAAGCAGAGACAAAGGGUGCUCCUCCCUCGUGCCCCUGAUUCAGCCAGUGGCAACAACCAAAUCUGCACAAACAUCUGUGGCACCUCCGCCUCCUAGUGCCAAUAAGAUGUCUGUGGCGACUCUGAGAUCCGGAGCCACUGCCCACGUUUUGCCCCCUAUUCCUGUGGUGCCCCGUCGCCGAUCCCAGCAGAGACGUUGCCUGUCCACACGCUCAGACGUCACUUCCUUCUGGGGCAGCAGUGAGGGGUCAGGCAGAAGUACCGGUAAUAGCCAGGCUGAGAGUGACACCAUUGGCACGAAGAUUAGGACUGAUUUGAGGGGUGUUCAGGACCCCUUUUCUCCUUCUCCCACACAGGGAACACCACCCCUCCAAGAGCACCACUUUACUUCCAAGACGAUGAUCAGCCUGGAGUCGUGUGCAGUUUGCAAAUCCCGCCUGCGCUUUGGGAAGAUGGCCCUGAAAUGUCGGCCCUGCCAGCUUGUAGUGCAUCCUGAGUGCAAAGAACGCAGCCCGUCCGUGUGCAGGCCGACUGCCUCCCCCAGAGCGAGAGAGGGCAUUCUGGCAGAUUUUGCACCCUCCACCCCACCUCUGGUGCCCCCACUAGUCAUCCAGUGUGUGAAUCAAGUGGAAAGGCGUGGCCUGAAGGAGGCUGGGCUAUACAGAGUGCCAGGUUCAGAGCACCUCAUUCGAGAAUGGAAGCGCAAGCUGCUUUGUGCCCGAGGAGCGCUUCCCUCACUGGACCAGGUGGCUGAUGUCAAUGUGAUCUGUGGAGUUCUCAAGGACUUUCUGAGGAGCCUGAAGGAACCUCUAGUGACCUUUGCCCUGCACCCUGCCUUCCUGCAUGCUUCAGAAAUUCCAGAUGAAGCUGCUCGCCAGACUGCACUCUGCCACGUUGUGAUGAAGUUGCCUCUGGCCAAUAGGGACACACUGGCUUUUCUGGUGCUGCAUCUCCAUAGGGUCAUGCAGAGCCCCGAGUGUCGAAUGGACCGGCACAACCUAGCACGUAUCUUUGGACCAACUCUAGUUGGGCACGGUACUCCUAGCCCUUCCCCACGGAUCAUCAUGGAAGACACACCACGUCAAUGCCUGGUGGUUAGCAAUCUCUUAGCACUGCCUCUUUCGUUCUGGAGACAUUUUGUGAGAGAAGAGCAGGAGAACCUGGUGCCUUCGGUGCAAAAGCCCAGCGUCGUGAAUGAGCAAGACCAGAUCUUCUUUCCUCUGACUCCCCCUGAAGUCAGCACCAUCCAGAUGAGCCCAGGAGGUGGCUGUCUCCCUAAUAAGCUAUGGGACUGCAUUGGGACCACCUUCCCACCCUCGAAUGCCUCCCGCACCAAGAAGACGGGCAAAUUCUUCCCACUUCCAGUAUCAUGAAGCAACUCUGAUGCACCAGCGUUGCCUUGGCUUCCUCCCAGCAACCCUCUUCCUUGCCACCUCCAGAUUCCAGGCCUGUGUCCUCACAUUUCAAAGGGAGAUGCUAUGUGCCUUAUCUCUUAAUGGUGGCUGACAAUCGUUUCUCCAACCUACAUGAUCAGGAACAGAGGAGAUCUUACCCCUCCCCUUUCAUACUGUUGGGUCUUGCUUUGUGGACUUCUGAGUUUGCUGAAAACUCCAGGCAUGUUCUUGAGCCAUCUGUUUCCUCUGUUAUGAUGGACUCUGGGGCAGUGAAAACUGGGUUCAGCUUACCUUGUGUGCAUACCUUUUGUGCCUUUCCCCCCAUGUCCAUUACCAGUUAUACUUGAAUGGCAGAGUUGCUGUCAUGUGGUGGAUGGGGAAAGUCAUUUCCUGGAGCAGUUCAUUAGUGGUAUCAUUCUGAUAAAAAACCAAACAUGGCACAUUGGGAGGUUUUUCUAGCAAUAGAAUCCUCAUCACCUCAAUCACUGAUUUUUGCUCUUGAUGCUGUCCCUGGUCCUCCUUAGAGCACUUACAUGUUUACAGAGGGCAGCUUCCUCAAACACUGGAGUGGCUAAACACAAAGUGGUGGUAUUUGCUAGCACAUGAGGUUGGUUUUACUAUUUCCCCCCCAUACAGUUUCUGUAACUCCUGUGCCUACUCCAUUUGGGGUUUGUGGGGGUAUCAGCUGUGCUGGCACACCACCCAAUCAAUCCCUUCUGCCCAGAAUCAUCCUAGAAGUAGUACUUCUGACUCAGCUUGGCCACAUGUCAGCCCUGAGUGAGGCCAUUUACUGUUAAUGGGUGUGCCUUAAUCACCAAUGGA